UUGUUUAUUGCGCGUGCGCAUUGAUUUGUUUCUGAAGCUGCAUGACUUAGCAUCGAACAGAACAGCAAAAUAGGCUUGAAAUAAAAACAAAUUUAUUGUUUUUACAGUAAUAUUUGCACAAUGAGUUCUAUUGGAACAGGAUAUGAUUUAUCAGCGUCUCAGUUUUCACCUGAUGGCCGAGUUUUCCAGGUAGAAUAUGCACAGAAAGCAGUGGAAAAUAGUGGAACUGCUAUUGGUAUCAGAGGUAAAGAUGGUGUUGUAUUUGGUGUAGAGAAAUUAGUCACAUCUAAACUUUAUGAAGUUGGUGCCAAUAAAAGACUGUUUAAUAUAGACAGACAUAUAGGAGCAGCGACUGCUGGAUUACUAGCAGAUUCACGACAUUUAGUUGAAAUAUCCCGAGACGAAGCGUCUAAUUACAGAUCAAAUUUUGGAGCAUCUAUUCCCCUGAAAUACUUGGUAGAUCAAGUAUCUAUGUAUGUUCAUGCUCACACAUUAUACAGUUCUGUUCGACCAUUUGGUGUUGGAAUGAUUCUAGGUGCUUACUCAGCUGAAGGUCCAGAAUUAUAUUUAGUAGAUCCAUCUGGUGUCGCAUGGGGUUACCAUGGAUGUGCUGCAGGAAAAGCCAAGCAAAAUGCAAAAACAGAAAUAGAAAAAUUAAAGGUGAAAGAUAUGACAAUUAAAGAACUGGUGAAAGAAGUAGCAAAAAUUAUAUAUGUUGUCCAUGAUGAAGUAAAAGAUAAAGCAUUUGAACUAGAAUUAAGUUGGGUUGGAGAAAUUACUGGUGGUAAACAUGAAUUGGUACCAAAAGAUAUUUAUGUAGAAGCAGAAAAAUAUGCAAAGGAAGCGUUAGAAGAGUCUGAUGAAUCGGAUGAAGAAGAAUUAUAGAUCUAGUAAAAUAUAUCUACAUCUUUCAUUCAUACAAAAUUGUACAUUGUUUUAAACUAAACACUAUAUUCCACAGUUACUGACGAACUCUAACCAAGGGUACAACUGGGAGAGCUCUUUUCUGCUUUUACCAGGGAAUACCAUUUUACUUAUGUAAGAUAUUAUGUAAAUAUUGUUUAAGGAAUGGAGAUGUUUUGAAUCCGAGUUCUUAUUUCACUCAUAUUUGCUGGUCUGGACUGACAGGCAGUGAAACUAUACAUGUCAAUUUAUACAUGUCAUAAAAUUUGAAUUUCACAGAAUUAUCUUUAAAAUGCCAUAAAUACAGUUAAAUUGACAGUUUUUAUGUGUAAAAACACUAUAAAUUUAUAAUAAUUUGGGAGAAAUGUCAUAUAAAGUAAACCAAAUAUGUCAUAAUUGACUGACUGGUAAAGUAAUGGAUUGAAAGCCCUUAAUUUAAAUUUCAAAUUGGAAUAGAGCUCUCCCUGUUCUCUGUUUAAACUUACUGGUCUUGCUGGGAAUAUGAAAGGAGUUGUUAUUAUUUCAUUAAACUUGAUAAACGAACGAACAAUAAGUUUUAUAACUAACUAUGGAAGACUUACGAUUUUACUACUUUCUUCAAGACAACCAACUUUAUGAUUAUCAGCCAACAUACAACUCAGGUUUUGGGAAAAUACAGACAGCUAAGGAUUAUCUAGUGUCAUUAAUAACUACCAUAUUGAAUAUCUUUUCCCCCAUUUUUCUUUUCAUGCAAAGUAUUUUAAAUUGUUUAUUUUGAGCUUAUUUGGUGCAAAAAAUCUCAAAUGAAUUCCAUCACCUAUUAAACCGGUCUGUAAUAUAAUUUAUUGAGAUGAUUGUCUAUUAAAUAUAUCAUCUAUUAUUGGUCAUCACAUCAGCUUUGUCAUGUACCUUCACAAUUAUUUAUCAUUAAAUGGUUUAUAAUGAAA